AUGCCUCCCAAAAUCGGAAAUAUCUACCUUAUCACGGCCAUCGCUGUCAUCGGCGGUGGCCUUUUCGGCGCCGAUAUUGCGAGUAUGAGUGCAAUCUUGGGGACAAAUCAAUACAGAUGCUACUUCAAUCAGGGCCCCAGUGGACCUCCGUUCAACGACAACCCUGACUGUUCUGGACCAACUGCAGUUGUCCAAGGGGGCAUUAAUGCUUCAAUGCCUGGGGGCUCCUUCAUCGCGUGUAUUGUGUCGGGCUACCUCUCCGACCACUGGGGACGAAAAUCCGCCAUCCAGAUUGGCUCUGUCAUUUGGAUUCUGGGAUGUGUCGUGACUUGCGCAGUUCAGAACAUCGCCAUGUUGGUUGUCGGGCGCUUCAUAUGCGGAUUCGCCGUCGGCAUCUGUUCGUCUCAAGUUCCCGUCUACGUGUCCGAGCUGGCGCCCCCGAGCAGACGUGGCCGUAUCGUCAUCUGUCAGCAGUUCGCAAUCACCUGCGGCAUCACCAUCAUGUACUUCGUCUCCUACGGCAGCUCGUUCCUCACGGGCUCGGCCUCCUUCCGUCUUCCUUGGGGCGCUCAGGCUCUUCCUGCGGUCUUGUUGGGUAUAGGCCUCAUGUUCACGCCCGAGUCGCCGAGAUACCUGGCACACAAAGACCGCUGGGAGGAGACGCACGAGGUGCUCGCCCUGGUCCACGGAAACGGUGACCGCAGCUCGCCAUUUGUGCAGAGAGAACUCCACGACAUCCGCGAAUUCUGCGAGUCGGAGCGCAACCAGCCCCCCAGCUCUUACUUGGAGUUAUUCAAGCCGAAGAUGCUUUAUCGUACUCACAUCGGUGUAUUCAUGCAGAUUUGGUCCCAGCUGUCGGGAGUGAACGUAAUGAUGUACUAUAUCACAUAUGUCUUUGGCAUGGCAGGGCUGUCCGGCAACGUCAACCUGUACUCGUCCUCGAUCACAUACGUGAUCAACAUGUGCAUGACGCUACCGGCGCUGAUGUGGAUCGACGUCUGGGGCCGUCGCUGGCCGCUCAUCCUGGGGUCGGCUUCUAUGGCGGUCUGGAUGUUUCUGAACGCCGCGUUGAUGGCCGGAUUUGGUUCCCCAGCUCCGCCGGGAGGUGUGGACCAUAUCCCCCAGCAAUCCUGGCAAAUCCACGGUGCAGCUUCCAAGGCUUUGAUCGCCAGCACGUUUCUGUUCGUCGCUAGCUUUGCGGUCUCGGUCGGCCCCAUCUCAUGGAUCUACCCACCGGAGGUCUUCCCGCUCCGCCUCCGUGGAAAAGGCGUGGCCGUCUGCGUCGCAUCCAACUGGAUCUUCAACUUUGCGCUGAGCUGGUUCGUCCCUCCCGCCUUCGUCAACAUCAAGUGGAAAGUCUACCUCAUCUUCGGCGUCUUCCUGAUCGCCAUGGGCAUCCACUUCUUCUUCGUCUACCCCGAGACGGCCGGCAAGACGUUGGAGGAGGUCGAAAAUAUCUUCGCAACAAAAACGAAAGCGUGGAAGACGCGCAUCGAAACCAAAAAGGCACGCGAGAUCGAGUCGGCGAGCAUUCGCGCCGACGAUCCGGAGGAGGUCAAGGACGCGGCACUGGGGUAUGUUGCGGGCAGGGUGGGCGCCGAGCACGUGGAAAUGUCGAUUACCGAGACGACAAAGUCGUGA